CGAUAACCAAUAGGAAGCAAACCGGGACGGGGAGGAGGUUGCUAGGAGAAGCGGGGUUGCAUUUGCCGGCUAGUUGGGCGGAUAGACCGGGGUAGUUUGUGCCACGUGCCUGUUUCCCGAUAGCUGCAGCUUUGUUACUCGAGUCAAGAUGCUUCCUCUCGCCCUUCUUACUGUGACCGGGAUUAUGGUUCUUCUGCCGAGUGAUGCCGGAGCUCUGAAAGCUGGAGACUGCGAGGUGUGCAUUUCAUUCCUGAGCCGGUUUUACCAGUCCCUUAAAGAACGGAAAGUAGAGUUCAAGCCUGACAUUGUGGAGAAGGAGUUGCUGAAGACCUGCAAUGAUGCCAGAGGAAAAGAAAACAGGCUGUGUUACUAUAUUGGGGCCACCAGCGACGCUGCCACCAAAAUCACAAACGAGGUGUCAAAACCACUAAGUAACCACAUUCCUCCUGAGAAGAUAUGUGAGAAGCUAAAGAAGAAAGAUGGGCAGAUCUGUGAGCUGAAGUAUGAUAAACAGAUUGACCUGAGCACAGUGGACCUAAAGAAGCUCAAAGUCAAGGAACUGAAGAAGAUUUUAGAUGACUGGGGCGAGUCCUGCAAGGGCUGUGCUGAGAAAUCAGACUUUAUCCGCAAGAUUAAUGAACUGAUGCCUAAAUACGCUCCCAAUGCAGCCAAUGCACGGACUGACCUUUAAAGCGCUGUCCUGUGGAUCUAGUGCAAGAACUGAUCCUCUUAAUUAUAGACCCAGCAGACGUUCCUCUUAUAUGGCAAUCCGUUUACUUUUUAUGGAACAGAUUUUGUUUUUUUGUUUUCACUUUAGUUUUAUUUUUUUUUUGUAAAAGACUCCCCCUGGGUUGCAGGAAUAUGAACCCUGCAGCCAGGUGGGACACUUACGUUUGAUACAUUUGCUUGUAACUUAUUGGUUUUCUCUGCGCUGUCUCUGACCAUUUUGCAGUAGGGGAAUUUUUAUUACCUACAUGUUCUUUGGGUUCUUGUCGAGUGGCAUUUUUUCUAUGAAAAUAAAAGGAUCCACUCUGCUUCUUGCUGUGGUGAAAAAAAAAAAAUGAAUCAAGGCAAGAACUGCGUAACAGUUACCCACUCUGUUUCAUAUAUUGCUUCAUGCAGCUGGAUGAGCGAGAACACAGGCAGGAGAAGAUGUGUGCCUUUAUAUAGACAUCCCAUUGUGCUAAGCACACAGCUAGAGACUCCACGGUAUAGAGCAGGUUACAUAGUGUAAUCCACAUUAUUUUGAUCUAAGAGGAACCACUCACACGGUUAUUUUGAUUUAGACGCCGGCAUUGAACCUCUAUCGCACCCUCCAGCCAUUGAUGCUUUAAAAAAAAAAAACACUUGCACUUGUUUAAAUAAACAUUUGCACCUGUCUUGUUCCUGGAAUUAAACAAUUAUAUUUCUA